GCUAUGGAAAAAGCUUGUGCUACCAGUUUCCUCCUGUUUACACUGGAUAUACAGGAAUUGUCAUCUGUCCUCUGAUCUCCUUGAUGGAGGACCAGGUGCUGCAGCUGACAAUGUCAGACAUUCCAGCGUGCUUGCUUGGUUCGGCUCAGUCGAAAAACGUCACACACUGCAUCCAAGAGGGUCAGUACAGAGUCAUAUAUAUGACUCCAGAGUUUUGUUCAGGCAACUUAAAGCUACUUCAGGAUCUUGACCAAACUAUUGGAAUUACCCUCAUAGCUGUUGAUGAAGCUCACUGCAUUUCCGAGUGGGGCCACGACUUCAGAAAUUCCUUUAGAAGUUUAGGCUCGCUAAAGAAGGCUCUGCCAUCGGUUCCCGUUGUUGCUUUAACUGCAACUGCAAGUCCAUCGAUUAGAGAAGACAUAGUGAAUUGUCUGAACCUGAAGAAUCCCCAGGUCACGUGUACUAGUUUUGACAGACCUAACCUGUACUUAGAAGUUGGACGACAAAGUGGAGAUAUCCUUAGGGAUUUGAAGCAGUUCCUUACUAGGAAAGGAAGUUCCGCGUACGAGUUUGAAGGCCCCACUAUCAUCUACUGCCCUUCGAGAAAGGCCACCGAUCAGGUCGUGUCCGUGUUAGUUAAACUGAACGUGGCCUGUGGCGCAUACCAUGCUGGUAUGGGAAUCGAACGAAGGAGAGACAUCCAUCACCGGUUCAUGAGGGAUGAAAUUCAGUGUGUUGUGGCUACGGUGGCUUUCGGAAUGGGCAUCAAUAAAGCAGAUAUCCGCAUGGUUAUUCAUUACGGUGCCCCUAAGGAGAUGGAAUCCUAUUACCAAGAAAUUGGGAGAGCUGGUCGCGAUGGGCUUCCUGCUUCUUGUCAUGUCCUGUGGACUGCCACAGACUUGAUUUUUAACAGACAUCUUCUAAGCGAGAUCCGCAAUGAAAAGUUCCGAUUGUACAAACUGAAGAUGUUGGCAAAAAUAGAGAAGUACCUUGUGUCAAAUAGCUGCAGGAGGAAAAUCAUCCUGUCGCAUUUUGAAGACAGACAACUCCGAAAGGUUUCCUCCGGCAUCAUGGGCACAGAAGAAUGCUGUGAUAAUUGCAGGUCCAGAGCCUCUUGUUUUACGGUCUCCAGUGACUCAGAGGGUGGUUUACAGGACUUUGGGAAGCAGUCGUAUCAGCUGCUGUCUGCAGUGAGCGCCCUGGAGGAGAAGUUCGGAACUAGACUUCCCAUUCUGUUUCUCCGAGGGUCUAAUUCUCAACGCUUGCCAGACAGAUACCGAAGACACCCUCUCUUUGGUAGUGGAAAGGACUGGCCGGAGAACUGGUGGAAAUUGCUCUGCCAACAGUUAAUGAUGGAAGGAUUCCUCAGAGAACUCGUUGGCCAUAACAAGUUUGCAACCACAUGUGUGCUUACCCAGAAGGGCAGGAAUUGGCUCUUAAAAGCUGGAUUGGACUCAAAUCCAAGUCUUCUAUUACAGUCCAGUGAAGAUCUUAAUCUGCAGAAACCUCCUAGAAGAUGUCUCUGUAUGAAAUGUUUUCAUAUGAGAGAAAAACCAAAACUCCUCCGCAACGGCAACUUCAGUGGAAAGACUG